UCAGUACAUCAGCAGCAGUGUGUGUUCAGCAGCAGCAUCCUACGGACCCGCACCGCCGCACACUUUCGGUUUUUCUGACCACUCCAGACAUCAGACCGGACUUCUCCUGUUCACUCCCACUCUCGCAAGGAAAAAUGGGGAAACAGAACAGCAAGCUGACCCCUGAAGUGAUGGAGGACCUGGUGAAGAACACAGAGUUUAACGAACACGAGCUGAAGCAGUGGUACAAGGGUUUCCUGAAGGACUGUCCCACCGGCCGGCUCAACCUGGACGAGUUCCAGCAGCUCUAUGUCAAGUUCUUCCCUUACGGCGACGCGUCCAAGUUCGCCCAGCAUGCCUUCAGGACCUUCGACAAGAACAGCGACGGCACCAUCGACUUCAGAGAGUUCAUCUGCGCGUUGUCCAUCACAUCACGAGGCAGCUUCGAGCAGAAACUCAACUGGGCCUUCAACAUGUACGACCUGGACGGAGACGGCAAGAUCACACGGGUGGAGAUGCUGGAGAUCAUCGAGGCGAUCUACAAGAUGGUGGGCACUGUGAUCAUGAUGAAAAUGAACGAGGACGGCCUGACGCCCGAGCAGAGGGUGGACAAGAUCUUCUCCAAGAUGGAUAAGAACAACGACGACCAGAUCUCACUGGAGGAGUUCAAAGAGGCGGCCAAGAGCGACCCGUCCAUCGUAUUACUGCUGCAGUGUGACCUCCAGAAAUAGGCCGGAGGGCGAGCAGAGGAGCGCUCCACCAGCCGCCACGGACUGCACAGAAAGAAUUUCAUGUUCCAUUCAGUUUGCAGCUAUUUCCACUGAAAAAAAAAAAAAAUGCUUGGACUACCUUUCAAUGGAUCUGCUUCUUGUGUUUGAAACACUCGUGUGCAUGAGAAUGUUAUUUGCUAUAAAAAGAUCUACACACAACAUACAACAGUGUGCGUGUGCACGCUCACACCACAAACACUCACAGUAUACACACACACACACACACACACACACACACACACUCACUACAUAUGAACACUUCGCACAAAUAAUAUAUAUAGAUAGAUAUAUAAAUAUGGAUAUAUAUUUAAAUUAUUCAAAGAUCAACUGCCAAAAUGUGAAGUGUGCAAAGUAUUUUCCAUACAGUUUCAUUUUACUGGAGCUUGCGCAUCAUUGAUGUGCUACGUUGAAUUUGCCGCUACUCUAUUUAUCGUUCCGAGUUUACUGACGCUAGCUGUAUGUGUUUCAUAAUACUGAGUAAUGUCAACUGAACCAAAUUCCUAUGAUAAUGUAUCUGCCUCCAAUAAGACACUCGAUCCAUCCUCUCCAAUAUGAUAUUAGCUCUAGAAGAGAUGGAUUAGCGUUUGUCCAACUUUUCCUUCCAAAACAUGCUUGUACUGUCGGUAAAGAAAAAUGUAAACGUAGUUAAUUUGCAUGCCUUUAGGUUCUGCCUUAAAAAAUCUCCUCAUUUUGCACCCUGUAAUCGCAGACGGAAAGCCUUAUCAGAGCAGCGCGGCAUCACAUGGGAGAAACCGUGAGAAAAGAUUUUUACCGUAUAGGGAGCAAAAAAAUAAACCAUAAUGCAGUAGGUCCUUCUACAAGUCUUGUCGUACGGGAUGUAAUUUUCGUGAUCUGUCCGAGACCUGUUUUCUUUUGACUGCUUUAACUGUGGGAGCAUGUUUCCUUAGACUAGAGGUAGUAUAUGUUGCUGAAGAACUAAAAACCCGCCCCUGUGCAUUCAAACACUUUCUCUAAUUAGCAGAAGCUGAUCGUGAAGGAAUCCCCCAUUUUGAAGCUAGAAAGAGAUCGGAUUGAUGGAAGCAAGUGAGAUCAAACACUCACAUUAGGAUUCCCUGGAGAAUGAAUGCAGCUUCCCUUGGCUGGAGUAGUAGUAUAGUAAUAGUAGAUUAGAAAGAAGUAUUAAUUUAUAGUUGGAGAGCAUUGUUAUCAAACUUAGUUAUAACAUAUGUGUCACCAUUACAGCCAUCUCUUUUUCCAAUUAGCCUGCAGGUUGCAUAUCAAUACGAUCAAUUUAGACUCUUAGAGAAGUCAGAAAUAAGGCCCGCGCAGCAUUUCUUGUUUGUCUUUUUCAGUGGAAGUAAAUGAAUGCGAAGCAGUGAGAGGAGCAGUGAGUGGCGUUUCAUUAUACACUGUAACUAGUAGAGGACAGCCCUUAUUGUAAAGCCAUGUGUUUAGUAGGUUGGACAACUCGCCCUCCCUAACCCUGGAAGUAUUUCUCUCUUACCAAUCAGUCAAUCUUUUUGUACUUUUUUACUCCCCCUCUCUCACAUAUUGUACACGUACUGAUGCAUACUAAAUGUAGAGAAGUUCAGUGUGGUACCUCCCAGAAAAUGAUUUGGAAAUAAGAUGACUUGUAACUUUAUAGAAGUUGACCCUGUCCGAGAGCUCCGCAGACCCUUUCCAACCUGCAUUAACGCUGCCAGUGUUCAAAGAGCUUCAGGUUAAAGGAGAUGUGAUUAUGUCAUAGGAACAGUACAGUAUUGCAAUAAAGAUCCAGCAUACCUGUCCAUCUUCAUCUCUCAGCAGUGUGGCUUGCCCCCGCCUCCGUCAGUUUGUAAUCUGAACUUCUUUACAUGGACAUCUUCGGCCAGACAAUGUUUCUAAUUCCAACUCUGUUAUUACUAUUAUUGCUAUCAAGAUACCAAAUGUAAGCAAAGGCAAACGUGUACAAGGAUUCUUUUGUAGCAUGUAUUGUGUCCCUGACAACAUGGCUGCACUACUCCCUGUGUUGUGAUUUACUCUAAUAAAAGGAACUCUAUGGGC